AUGCAAACAUGGUAUCUCUCAACCACAUUCAGAUCAAGAGCUGUUGUUCAGGCGAGCAAGAUGGAAGCAAAAGUGGUGUGUGAUAUCCACACUCAGGUGGACAAGAUACAAGACCUCCCUGUUGAUAUCUUCGAUGUUAUCCUCGAGUUUUGUGAGCCUGGGGAUGUCAAGAAAUUCUUGAAGGUUUCACCCAAUGCGCAGAUUGCUGCAGAUAAAAUCAUUUUCCGCACCUUGAAGCUCACAGACGACAUCACCCAAAGCAAGCAACAGCUUCGACAGUGGCAGGCGUAUGCCCGUUUGGGCCAUCUCACUUCUUCCCCCCGAAUUCUCCAUAUCUCCGCCUUCCACAUUGUCGGAGUCCGUGCACAGUACAAUGCAUUUAUCUGCGAUAUCCUGUCAAUUCCCUCUAUUUGCCAGCAUGUCACCCACCUGAUUCUAGAAAUAUCUCACCCCACCACACUUGCUCUGUUCCUUCGCCCAGAAUUUUCAUUUCCACAGGUCAACAUCAUCCAGGCUCACGUCCCCUGGUAUCCACUUGCUCACUCGCUACCCCAGCUUGCUUUGCUUUCCCCGGGAAAGUGUAUUGAUGGUAUUGCUGUGCACGGAUCUAUGAUCCACCACGAUAGCAUACAAGCUCUCCCUGAUGUGACACUUCCUUCGGGCUGCGCCCCUGUGUUGGUAAAGAAGCUGCUUUUGCCACACGCACGAUCUUUGCAGGCCACUUAUCCUCACAUUCCCUGA